CACAUUUAGAGUUCUUUUUUCCGCUGAUGUUAAAUUAAUGAGCUCUUGAAAAGUUAUAUUUUGCAAUGCAUCAUGCCAGCGUUUCGCUUAAUGCACCAUUCCGUAGACGAAUUAAGUUUUUUGUUUCUUUCAUUCCUUUACAAAUGAAUUAUUACCGGCAUCUGGAUUACACAGCCAAAUAUUCAUUUUUUAUGUUAAUAUCAGCGGAGCAUUGUAUCAUUUUCAAUUGAAAACAGCACCUGGUUACAUAAACACUUUAUUCACUAUAUCUGAUUUCAACGGGAAACUUAUUCAAAGUACACGAAAGUUGGAUAAUGAUUUUAUAAAGGAAUUAUCUGUGUUGUAAUGAGAACAAAAUGCGGAAAUUCAAAAGGAUUUUCAUUUAUAUUUCUGCUAUACUUACCGGUACAUUACUGCUGGUAUUAAUCCUAGAUGCGAAUUUGUUUCGAGGUCUCUUCUCAAAGAUACAAAUUUACAACAUUUCCAACACAGAGAGAUCUGACAAAUCGUCUUGCCUUCGUACAAAAACUGACGUCCCUUUCAUCAUUUGCAUAUUUCAUACGUCACAAGAUAUUUUCAUAUCAAAGUCAUUACUUUCAAGUGGAAUAUGGGAACCAAAAAUGACAAAACUAUUCCAAGCUGUCCUACAGCGAAACAGGAAUAUGACUGUAAUAGACAUUGGUGCUAACAUUGGUUACUUUAGUUUACUAUCUGCCGCGUUUGGACAUCACGUGCUAUCAAUCGAACCUGUUGAAGAAAAUUUAUUAAAAUUCGCAAACGCUGUUAAUUUAAACAAUUUUCAUGGGAAAAUAACUGUUCUAAGAAACGUUGUUUCCAACACACGUGGACAUUUGCGUCUGAUCUUACCAAGUGGCAACAACCAAGGUGCUGCAAGAAUUUUGACAGAAAAAGAAUAUAAAUUGAAUACAAAUGCAAUUUCAAUAUCCAGCAUAGUGUUAGACGAUUUGACUCAAUUCAUUCAUACUAGAGACGUCAUGAUAAAAAUUGACGUGGAGGGACACGAAUGCAGAGCCAUAGAAAACUCGGACGUCAUAUUUGACACAUUCCGCGUUAAGUAUGUUAUGACAGAAUGGAGUAAAAUGACGUCAGAGAAAUAUCGUUAUGGUGUCGCAUGCGGGCCAAAUAAUAUAAAAAAGAUGGCCGAAAAGUUGACUCAACGUGGUUUCAUUCCUUAUGAUGUGUCAAAUAACCAACAAUUGGACCCGAUAGACAGUAUGAAUUGGAGAUAUAAUGACAUUUAUUGGAAGCAUGAAACUCUUGUUAGCUAAGAAACAACGUUAAAUGUAGCUAGUACGGAAAUAGCGUCAUCGUUCUAGGUACAUUCUGGUUGCUCCUUGUAAAAUGUGCCAUUUUCUGUACCGCAGACGUUAAAAUAUAUCAUGUGCAAGCCACAUGUUCAAGGUUGCAAAGUUAUAAACAUGCUUAUGUAGAUAGACGUGAAAUUGUUUGCACACAAUGUCUUUUAACAAUGAUCUCUGUUAAAAAGCUUUUAAAAUUUUGAAACGUGAAAUAAGAUCUUGGUCGUAAUCUAAUGACUUGCUUUACAAAAAUGCAUCAUGAAUAAUACAUCAUCAGUUUAAAUGGAUAAUUGAUUUGUAUAUUCCUUCACGAAACUUUUUUUCCACAUGGUUGUAUCAAUAUCUUUGAGUCGUUUUCAGCUAAACCAUAACGAAAUAUAGAAGAUAUGAGACCGUA